CAGGCGCCAUUUUCGACGUUGUACUACAGGGACGGUCUUGGGAAAAAAAGCGUUAAGGAUGCCUGAGCCGGCGAAAUCUGCUCCAGCACCGAAGAAAGGUUCUAAAAAGGCGGUGACCAAGACGCAGAAGAAAGGUGACAAGAAGCGCAAGAGAGCAAGGAAAGAGAGCUACUCCAUCUACGUGUACAAGGUGCUGAAGCAGGUGCACCCCGACACGGGCAUCUCGUCCAAGGCCAUGGGCAUCAUGAACUCCUUCGUCAACCAAGACUCAGAAGAAAGGUGA